ACUGGUCUUUACAUAGAAAGAUGGCAAAGUGCAGAGGUAAACCUCUGUGUGUCAAGAGUCUUAGGAUGAAGAUCGCUGUGCUGGGAGCCACUGGGCAGACUGGACAGUAUCUGGUCAACCAGGCGCUGCAGCAGGGUCACACGGUCACCGCCAUUGUCAGGAACCCGGGAAAACUCACCGUACAGCAUGACAACCUCAAGGUGGUGGAAGCUGAUAUUUUCUCAGCAGAAACUCUGGAGACUCAUUUCAAAGGACAGGAUGCGAUCAUGUCCUGCCUCGGCUUCCCAGCCUCCUUCUUUUCGGCGGUGACAGGCUACACCGCGUCCAUGAACGCUAUGAUCAGGGCCAUGCGAGAAGCCCGAGUCAACAGGAUCAUCACUAUGACCUCCUGGUACACUGACCCUAACUCUGGAACGCAGUCAUCUUAUCUCAUCCGGUUCCUCCUGCUGCCGAUCAUCCGAAGCGUUCUCACCAACAUGCAUGAGAUGGAGCAGUCUCUGCAGAAGACUGAGGACAUCAACUGGACUGUGGUUCGCCCACCUGGUCUCAAGAACCUGCCUGCCUCAGCUGAAGAGUUUCUGACCCAUGAGGGAUACUUUGUGCCCGACAGCAGCGGUCGCCCUGCAGGCAGCGCAGUGGGGAGAGGAGACGUGGCUCGCUUCAUGCUCUCCCUGCUCAACAGCAACGCCUGGAUCAAGAAGGGAGUCGCAAUGACUACCAAAUGAGAAAGAAGAGACAAAGGGUCGGUACCCUAAGUACAAAAAAACAAUAUUUACUCACCAACCUCUUAGUGGUAUCUAACCAUGCAGAUACCACCAGCUUUUCUUAAAUUUGAGAUAUUGGCCUUUGAGAUUUUUGCCUUCACCCCAAUACAAAAGAGGUAGAUGGAAGUUUUUUACACUGUACACUAGCUAAAAAAUUUUUUAUUAAUAAGUUAUUACUGCUGUAAACUACAACACUGUGUUUCCAUUACUCUGGAUUAUCCCACAGACCGCACAGUACCAGUUUUCACUGGCACUACUUUUAAUCCAAACCAGUCCCUGUGGAAACUGUUGAUUGCACGUUGAGUGCAGACAAACGAGGACAUCACUUCUAAAAAUGUUUUUUUUAAUGUUUCAAUGCUGCGACCACUACAAACAACAUCAUGAACCUCCAGGCAAAUAAAGCCAAAAAUAUCUUUAUGGUUAGACAGACUAGAGCUACAGGGGAAAAAACAUUUUUUCGGGUUAACUGGCCCUUUAACAAACUGUGCAACUGUGCCUUUUAUUUCCUGCCAUCACACGCUACUAUUGGAUAUACUGUAAUGGUAUAACUGCUUUAUAUAGCCUUAUCUGUCUUAGAUAUGUAUUUCUAUUUAUCAGAUUCUUGUUUGUAUUAGUUUGAAAACCAUCAAUGAGUGUACCAUUUUAUUAGACCGGUGUUUCUGCUGAUAGCAGUACACAAAAGAGAAAGUCAGCUGGAUUUACAACAUGUCCGUUUGCUUUUGUACUCGAAAGCUAUUAGUUGAUAUUUCAGAAUGAAUGAAGCUCUUCAUACUGUUGUGCCAUGUAUUCACAUGAGGACUUUAUAUUCAAAUAUGUGCUGUAUCAGUUCUGUUAAAUAAACACAAAAUAAUGAAACUGUGA